GCACCUUUAAAUAAAAUAGAUGUGACUAUUUAAAUGAAUAUUUUCAUAAAACUUUGAAUAAGAGUGCAUCAAUUUAGCAUUGGAGUGCAAAUGGCAAAACCUUGCAUUUGAAGAGUAAAAGAUCUUACGUGAGAUCCUUAAAUUCAGAAAGAAUAUUAAAUAAGAGAACUUUUUUAACUCCUAAAUAAGACCACUUUUAUCAUUAAUUCCUACUUUAUCCUUACUUGAUUACACAUCUGCUCAUCUCUCAUAAUUUUGUGGAUGCUUUCUGGCUUCCUACCAUCUUCUCCCGUCGAAUUUCCUUCUCCCAUCUAUUUCCUACUCCUAUUUUAUGCUUUUCUAUGAUUCGGAAAGCACAUCGGAAACAACGGCGGAAGAUAUUGUCUAUAGAGGCGUCAUAUCCAGCGGCCGCGGUGGAGGUGCGGCGGGACUUUGUCUCUCUUUUUCUAUUCAUCUUCUUCUUCACCGUACCGUCUCCACCUCUUUCUCCCCUUAUUUUCAAAUUCUUUCGUCAAUUUAUUAUUUUUUAAAAUUUCUGGUGGCGGUGGCCCGGCGACUGCACAACGACGUGGCGACAAUUUAAAGGCGGAAAUUCCUGGUGAUUGCUCCGGCGACAACUUGUGCAAGUGAUUUCAAUUUCUUCCAGAACCAUAAAAAAGCGGAGCUUUCAUCAGGCCGACACAAUACCAUACCCAACUCCUUUUGCACCUUCUCCUCGUUGGUGAACCACUCCUCGUGAAAUGAUCUGUUGACGCUCCAUCUAUAUCGGCGGAUAUCAUCUCCAGUGAAGUUUGAUUGUGAAAUUCACUGGUCACAAUGGGUUUCGAUGUUGUUGAUUACUGGCGAUGUAAAUGAAUGUUCCGUAUGAUUGCAACAACAUGAGCAGGGAGCGUCAUUUCCAAAAAAUCUUCCUAGCCGUAGCCCAGACGAGUGAGGGGAGAACAGGUAAACGCUCUUUUGUGAUAGCCCAUGGCCAUAUCGUUCCUGUGUGGAAGAAGAUCCGCCAUAUCUGCGCAAAGUUUGUGUUCUUUGGCUUCCGAACUGCCCCGCGGUUCAAGCAAACCCGGUCGAAGUAAGUCUUUUUCGGACCCCACCUGUUGCUUUCGAUCUUCAAUCGGAGCUAGGACUAGGGCACAAAAGUUCACUAAAAACUCCAUUGAUAUUCUACACAUUUCUCAAAUUCUGUCAAGAAAGGACUGGUGCCUGCUUUUAAACCACGAGUUUAGAGCUAAAAGGGUACACCUGAAUCCUCGGUCAAUCAUUAGCGUUUUGCAAAAUCAACAAGACCCAUUGCUCACUCUCAGGUUCUAUACAUGGGUUUCCAACAUCGACGUCAGUUUUGCAAAAAACCAGCAGAUUCGUUCUGUGCUAGCUAAUGUGCUAUACAGAAAAGGCCCAAUCUUGUUAUCUGCUGGAUUAGUUCAUGAUAUCCAAAAUUCUGGGCAUAGAAUCAAUGAGGAUUUGUUUUGUGUUUUGAUUGGUAGUUGGGGAAGAUUGGGGCUGGCUAAGUAUUCUGCUCAGAUUCUUGAACAGCUUUCAUUUUUAGGACUAAAUCCUACUACCAGGUUAUAUAAUGCUGUCAUCCAGGCCUCAAUACAGUCAAAUUCACUAGACUUGGCUUAUCUGAAGUUUCAGCAAAUGCAGGUGGAUGGUUGUUUCCCAGAUCGGUUUACUUAUAAUAUUCUCGUACAUGGAGUUUGUAAAGCUGGUUUAAUGGAAGAAGCAACUCGGUUAGUGAAGCAGAUGGAGGGAUUGGGGUUUUACCCCAAUGUAUUUACUUAUACGUCCUUGAUUGAUGGUUUCUGUAAUGUAAGUAGAGUAAAAGAUGCUUUUCAGAUGAUCGAGACAAUGAAGAGUAGGAACGUGAUCCCAAAUGAGGUUACAUUGAGGGCUUUGGUGAGAGGAGUUUUUCGUCAUCUACCAUCGAUUGAGGCUUUUGAAAUGUUAUAUGGAUGGAUUAAGAAGGAACAUGUUUUCCCUAAGGUGGUGGGCGAUGCUAUAAUAAGUUGUCUCUUUGAUAAUUCCCUGCCAAUGGUGGCGGUUGAUUUUUUAAAAAAAUCUUUAAUUUGGGGAUACUUACCCGACAAUCAAACAUUUAACAUGACCUUGAUUUGUUUAAUCAAGAGGUUAAAGGUUGAUGAGAGCUGUCAACUGUUAGAUGUUUUUUACAAACGGGGCUUGAAGAUAGGGUUUGAUGCUUACCUUUUGCUCAUUGGAACUCUUUACCAAAUGGGAAGAGUAGAAGAAGGGAAUCUUUAUGUGGAUCAAAUGUUCCAAGCGGGACUUGUUUCAAACACAUUCUCGUACAAUAUAUUGAUUCAUAGUUUCUGCACAAACAAAAUGAUGUACCGAGCUUCAAAGGCUUUGAAUGAUAUGAUGAGUUUAAGUACUCCCUCCAUCCCUAAAAAGGAGUUUUGUUUGCUCAAGGACGGAGAGAGUAAUAUUCGACCAAAUCUCGUCACUUUCAACACACUCAUCGAUGGGUAUUGCAAGUUAGGGGACCUAACACAGGCCAGGAAGCUUCUGGUGUUGCUCUUGGGGGAGGGUUUUAAACCAGAUGUUUUGACUUUCACCUCCAUAAUCAACGGUCUUUGUAAGGCACACCAGAUUGAAGAUGCGUUUGGAUGCUUCAGGGAAAUGUCAGAAUGGGGCGUUUCCGCAAAUACAAUCACAUACAACAUCUUAAUCCGUGCACUUUGUUUCAAAGGAGAUGUUGGAAGAUCAAUAGAGCUGUUGAAGAAGAUGGAAGGUAUUGGAGAGGUGAGUGGAGGUGUUUUGUGCUUUAAUGCUUUGAUUCAAAGUUUGUGCAGAAUGAAUGAGAUUGAGCAGGGAAAAAGGGUUCUCAAGACCAUGUCCAGGUUGGGCUUGAGGCCUGAUAAUUAUACUUACAGGGCUUUUAUUGAGGCUUUGUGUAGAUUAGGGAGGUUUAAUGAAGCUAAGGAUUUGUUUGUCUCCAUGGAAGUGAAUGGGUGUCUUCCCGACGCUCAUACUUGUAACUCAUUCAUAGAUUUGCUGGUUCAGUCUUCUCGGCUUGAAGAAGCCAAAGAUAUUUUUGUUACAUUCAGCGAGAGGGGUUUCCCUCUCAAGCCGAUAAAACUGAACUAAGAAUAUCCCUUAUUAUCACACAGUGAUUGUUUUUUCAUGAAUACGUAAUCCUGACAUCCUACAGCUCUGCACAAGUGUAUUUCACGAAAACAAAUGAGAAAUGCACAUAGAAACGAACGAUUGCAUGUUCGAACAAUUUUGUUGUUCUAUUUUGAAUCUAUCACUUUGGC